CAUAGAAAUAGUGAACUUGAUGUUUAAUUUAUUGCUUUUUAUAAAAAUAUAUUGGUCUGUUUUGUGAUUGAAAUCUGUUUUGUCUGGUUAGCGUGCUGUUUUCUUGCUUGAAAAAUAAGAAUCAUGAGUGUUUCUGGGAAUUUGGAGUUUUUAAAUGAUUAUACCGUACAAGAAGAUCUUGAUGAAUUUGUCAAAUACACUUGCGGCUAUAACCAACAGAGGGACAAAAAGAUCGAGUAUAUCAUUGCACAACAUGAUUGGAACCCUGUAUAUGAGGCUGUAUUGCCAAAGAAGCCAAAGUCCGGAAAAGAUGAGAAACGAGAAGGCUUCAUGUACCCAAUUUUACGCUGGCCGCUUAUGUUUACGGCCUCUAUAUGUCUCACCGUCGUUGCAUUUCUAUACUUACUAGACCGUAUGUAUAUCAACUGCUAUGAGUACUUCAUCGUCUGGCGCGGUCGACCAGCUCUUUUACGACAGCGUCUACAAGACGCCAAGACGUUUGAUGAAUGGAAGCAACGAGCUCGGGAUUUAGAUGAUUAUUUCGGUAAUAACGAAUGGAAGCUUGACCCCGUAUACGACUACUAUGACUACUCUCUUUUGCGCACCGUCCUCCGAAGCCUGAGGAUUCAUCGUCAAAGAGGAGAAUGGGCACAACUAAAGUCUACAUUGGAUGUUUGUGUUCGUAGUAAUUUUGCAGCCAUUGAUAGCCCUAUGCUUUAUUCACGCACAUACUCUGGCACAAAAAAACUCGUCGAGGACUAUAUUGACGAACUUGCGCAGUGCUUACAGGUUGUCAUUGAUAAAAAACUAUAUCCGCCUCAAGAAAGAUCUCGCAUGUUUGAAUACUUUUCCCAUAAUUAUGGCCGUACUGCCCUCUGUUUGUCUGGUGGUGCCUCUUUCGCUCUUUACCAUACAGGCGUUCUUGCAGCACUUUUGGACCAAGAUCUCCUUCCUAACGUGAUUACUGGAACAAGUGGCGGAGGUAUUUUGGCUGCUCUUGUUUGUACUCGAACAAACGACGAACUUCGCCAUCUACUUGUACCUGAACUAGCUCCCAAAUUUCAAAGUGAUAUAGGAAGCUACAUUGACUGUGCGAAACGAUACUUCCAGACUGGAGCCCGUUUUGAUGAAAAUGUCUGGGCAAGAACUUGUAUGUUUUUUACCCGAGGAAGUAUGACUUUCGCCGAAGCUUAUAAAAGAACUGGCCGAAUUCUUAAUAUCUCUGUUAUCCCCAGUGAUGCUCACUCACCUCCUAAAUUAAUCAAUUAUUUAACUUCCCCCGACACCGUGAUAUGGAGUGCUGUCAUCGCUAGCUGUGCUGUGCCGGGAAUCCUAAAUCCUAUACCUCUCAUGACAAGAGGUCCAUCAGGAAAGCUGAUACCGCACAACUUUGGCAAUCGUUUUAAAGAUGGAAGCCUUCGUACAGAUAUUCCUUUGGGAGAAUUAAGGACGCAAUUUAAUGUUCACUUUUCAAUCGUCAGUCAAACAAAUCCUCAUGUUCAAGUCUUCUUUUUCUCCCCACGCGGUACUGUAGGAAGACCUGUUUCCCACAGGAAGGGUCGUGGUUGGCGCGGUGGCUAUUUAGCUAGUGCCAUUGAACAAUAUCUCAAGUACGACAUGAUCAAAUGGUUACAUGUUAUUCGUAGCUUGGAAUUGUUACCACGCCCUCUUGGUCAAGACUGGAGUAGUGUUUUCCUCCAAAAAUUUGAUGGCACUAUUACCAUUUGGCCAAAAACGAAAUUAAAGGAUUUUUGGUAUAUUUUAUCUCCCCCUAGUAAUGAGCGUUUGGGAAAUAUGAUUGCCGCCGGAAAAGCUGCUACCUUUCCUAAAUUAGAUUUUAUUUCCUCUCGCAUCCAAAUUGAAAAACUUAUUGAGAAAGGACGCGUUAUGGACCGAUUGAGUACUCUUGGUACAUCGAUAGAUGGAGACGUUGGCACGUCAAUAAACAACCAGGAUAUGGAUAUCAGUCUUGAGUCCGCUACUGUUAACCCCAAUGAUAUUGCUAUAAAUCAACCUUACACUUCACCGACACCGUAGUACCCUGAAUCCGCCAAAAAACUUACUCAUUUUCGAAACUUUUGCGGAGACUUCGAAAAUUAUGUGAUGCUUCAUAUUUACUUAUUAAUAGUAACAUAAAUUUUAAUUUUCAUGCCUUCCUUAUCAUAUUUAUUUAGCAUAACUUCUGAAGACGAACAAAAAUGACAUUAAGGUUUCAUUUUAUAAAUGACAUUAGUAGAUCAUUAAGUGUCGAACUCUAGGUC